AUGAUACUUGAUACUUCACAAGAUUAUAAUUCUAUAUUUGCAACAUAUUCAUUUAAACCAAUCAUACCUGAAAAAGUUGAUAAAGAUUUAAUAUCUCUAUGCCUUAUAUCUUAUUUGUAUGUAGGAAAAACUGCUGACCAAACUGGAAAAUAUUUUCCUCAAGAUCUUCAUUUUCCAUCUGUUGCUAAAGAACUUAUUUGGCUUGCAUUACCUAUACUUGAUCGGUUAGACAGUGAAUCAUAUUCACAAGAAUAUCUUUUUCUCAAAAAAAAUUAUCGGCAUCAAACAACGUCUCCAUUCUAA